GAUGUUGACGUUUUUGACAAUCUAAACAUAACCUUACUUUUUUGUUUUUUCAUUCAACUUAAAUAAUAUAAAAUGGUUCGAAAAUUAAAAUACCACGAACAAAAACUAUUAAAAAAGGUUGAUUUUAUAUCCUGGAAGGUGGAUAAUAACCUACAUGAAGUAAAAGUUCUUAAAAAAUACCAUAUAAAGAAACGUGAAGAUUACACAAAAUAUAAUAAAUUAUCGAGGAAUAUACGCGAAUUAGCGAGGAAAAUUAAGGAAGUUGAUGUAAAACACCCGUUUAGGACGACAGCAUCUGCUCAACUAUUAGAAAAAUUAUAUGCAAUGGGUUUAAUUGCAACGAGAUGGGAUUUGAGUUUAGCAGAAAAGGUUACUGCAUCAUGUUUUUGUAGAAGGAGGUUACCCGUUGUUAUGGUUAGGAAUAAAAUGUCUGAGAAUAUUAAAGGAGCAAUUAAAUUAAUUGAACAAGGACAUGUUAGAAUUGGACCAGAAUUAGUUAAAGAUCCUGCAUUAUUAGUUACAAGGACUUUAGAAGAUUUUGUUACUUGGGUUGAUAGUUCGAAGAUAAGAAAACAUGUUUUAGAGUACAAUGGAAUUCGUGACGAUUUUGAAUUAUAAAUAAUUUAAUAUGAAA